UGCCCCGCCUCCCCGGUGCGCGAGCUCCAGCCCAGCCCCCAGAGCCCAGCGGCGGGACGGGGGCUGGCGGCCGCAGACCGCCCCGGGGUCCCUCCGUGCGCGAGGCGCUCCCCGGCCGCCGCGAGACGCCCCCUGCCUGGCCCGCAGGCGGCCGCUAGAGCCCAGCUUCAGACGCAGACGGGGCAGACGGAGGAUAACACUAGCAUUGCCCCCCCCCCACAGCCUCGGGGAUCCGCAGCCUCCAGCCCUUCACCCUAGACCCCACGUGCAGUGGGGCUGGGUCGUUCAUUCCUCCUGGCACCUUGCGAUGGGACCACGUUGGCAGCAGCUUUUCGCCCAAUUGCAGCAAACACGCACGGCACCCUAGAGAGGAGGGGAGAGCCCCUCACCCAGGGAAGGAAUCGGCCUCCCUGGGUUGCAGGGAGCCUGCAGGUCCUUCCGCGGCAGCAGUGUACUGGGGCACCCCCUGGUCUCUCUCCAUGAAUCGCUGCUCCCCGCACGCGGGAGGCUGUUCCCGCUGACACAGCCAUUGUCAUGUAGGCCGGAUUGUCCAUCUGCUCGCUGCCCAGACACACGCCAUCAGCAUGCAGCGGGGCUACGCACCCUUCCUCUAUUUCGUGGCUGUCCUGGGGCUGGAGGCUGCAAUGCAGAAGGAAUGCAGGAUUAUCGAGGCUCUCCAGAACAAGCUGACGUAUCAGCAACGGCUCCAGUACAUGAAACACUAUUUCCCCAUCAACUAUACCGUGAAUGUCCAGUUCGAAGAGGUUCUCAAGGCGGCCAACAUUACCAGGCUGCGGGAUCAGAACGUCAGCGAGCUGUCCCUGCGCUAUCUCUGGCUGAGUGUGAACUCCCAGGUGCUGCUGAAGAUCUGGGCUGUGCUGCUGGAGAGGCACCCGUCCUGGGAGUACACCCAAGAUCUCUGCCGCCUCUUUGAGCAGCUGGCUGAGGAGUACGAGAGCUACAACCAGGGGAACGUGGACGCAAAUGUUCAGGACGUGGUAGAGCAGGUUCUCGCUGGCGACGCGGGGAGCAGCCAGAAGGCCGUGCCCCCCAAAGCCCUGCUGGAUAACUGCGUCAAGGUCAUGUGGCUGCUGUACAGCGAAUCAUUUGACCUGUUGGCUGGCGGGACUUGGCCUGACGGUGUGGGGAGGCUCCAGUCCAAACUGAUGAACCAGCCAAGGGAGCCCCAGAACUCAAAGGGGAAAAAAGGUCAAGCCCAUUGGGACAGGCUGCCUGCCAUCCCACAAGCUGUCUCGGGCUCUCCCUCCCCAGCAGUAGCAACGGGGAGCCUCUUUCUCAGCCAGGAUCGGGCCCCUGGAAGUCUGUAUUUUCUCCCACAGCCACCGCACCUGGCUUCCUGGGGAGAAUGAGAGAAGCCAAUUCGAACAACUGAAGGGGGCGCCAAUCCCACCCUCGCAGCCUGGCGGGACGUGUGGGGUUUGGUUUGGUUUUGGUUUUUGCAGGCUUGUGUGUCAGUACAGGGAAGCUGGCAAGGAGGCAGGUUCCUACAGGCUGAAUGCGCCCAGUCUUGUCUGAUGUCGGAAGCUGAACUCUUGUGGUCCUGGUUAGUACUUGGUUGGGAGAACAUCUGGGAAUCCCAGGAGGUAUAGGCAGAGUUUCUUUAUAAUUCUUUCUUCCUGUUGCAAUUGUUCUUUUUGCUUUUUUCUUUCCCCCCGUCUCCCCUCGGCCCACCACAGCUGACACCUGUGUCUCACCAAUAUGACCAGGAGCACAGGGAUCCACCUGGGGAAGCAGGCCUGGAUCCCUGGAUAACUCAGCUUCCAUCCUGAGCCCCUGGCUCCACAGGCAGGGUGAGGUCAGAGGUCCCAGCCAGACUGGGCAGAAUGAAGGAGGAAGGGAGUGCCUGCAUAAGGUAAAAUUUGUUCUCUGGAUCACCUGAAACAGAAUCAACUUGAGGUAUCCAUGGCACUUGGGGGGAAAGGUCUGGUACCCCUGGGACUCCAUCUUCCCCACCAGAGGUACAGAGAGCCACUUCAAAACUACCAGUAGCCACCCAUGCCUAGCCAAGCCUGAGAGGGAAUUAGAGCAGGGGAGCAGGUGUUGAUCCACCCCCCCACACACACAAUUUCCUCCAAAGGAGACCCCGACUUCCAAAACCACCUGAGGACUCCCUGGCACUUGGGAGCACUUACCUAGGUCUUUGGGCUCAUAUCCUUCCCACCACCGACCUGUGGCACCCCUCCAAACUAAGCAGGGUGCACCCAGGUCAAACAGAGAGGGGUGGAUCAAUUCCCACAGUGCACUUUUGUCCCCUAGUAAGAAUCACAGAAGCUGGAUGUACACGAGAAGGGUUUAUUUACAGAGAAUGACCAGUAGAAGUUUGGUAACGUUGAAAACAAGCACCCAAGCAAAGACCUGGCUUUCCUGUGUAUUUGGGCAGUGGUAAUGUGUAUCUCACCUUUUCCCUUGCCUGCUGCUGGUUCUGCAUCUCUUCUGUGGCCUCCACUUGCCUUGGGACUGCAGUAAUUUUUGGAUGAAUUGAUGAGUCAGUCAAAGGGAACCAUGCUUCCAUCUACCGCAGCUUGAACUACUAGCAGGCUGGAUACAAGUGAGAGCUGGACAUUUACAAAGGUGCAGUGAAAGUCUCCUAAUGUCUGGUGGAAGAUAACGUAAGAAUUGUGCACAGUCUACUGUAUUACAUGGAAGUGCAAUUUCUUGUGCCAUGCCAGGGUUCUUGUGGUUGCAUUAUUAUCACAUUCUGGGGUGCAAUCCAGACCACCGAGGGGCUGUGCAACCUUGAGUGCCUCAUAAUGGUUUGCUGUUGUAGCAUCUAACCUGAGCUGCUUAUAAACCACCUACAAGCACGCAGGUAACAUCCUGAGUGUCUGUGUAGAGCUGCAGCCUGCUAGCAACACUCCAGUCACUCUCUGGCUUCCACCAGCCUGGGUUACUAAUUGCAGGGUGACCUCAACACACUCCCAGUCCCAAAUUUUCCCCAAAACUUGUGUUCUGCACUGUCCAGCCCUCUCCUGGACAGUUCAGAUAUUACAGGUCCAUUGCCCUUAUAAAGGGUCAAUAUUUAACAGUUUGGUAACUUAGAAGCACCAGACUCACCCAGAUGGGCCCUCCUCUGUCAGGUGGCUAAUUAAGCACUGCAGGCCCAAGUUGUGCAGCUGACCUCAGACAACCAAUGACUGCAGGAGCAAGUGAGGCGGUUUAACGCUGAGAAUCCUCUGCUGUGAACCAAGCAUGCAGUGCCUUACCCCAAGCAGGGACCUGCAAUACCAUUGCCCCAGUGGUUUGACAGGAAAUGCCGGCAGUUCUGGGGGUCCAUGAACCAAUGCCAUCUUCUAUUUCUGAUGUGUCCUCCAAUUUAUGUGUUCUGAUGUGUCCUCUGACUAGGUCAAGGCGGCCCUGGUAAUCGGCCUGCUGAUAGGAGAUGCGUUCGACGAGGCUAGAAUGAAGGGAGAAGAAAGGGGCUGGCCUGCAGCCUCUCAGGCCACGUACCAGAACUCCAGCUUCUGUACCACCUGCCAAACCCAUGCAGGCCAAUCUGGCUCGCCAGCAACUCACAUCUGAAGAAAAGUACUAUCUGUGCUUCUACGGUGAUGAAACUGGCCAUGCCAUCUUUCACCUGCCCACUCUGAACAGCAUGGGGAAACAAGAUGACCCAGGUCCAGUGGGGGAUUAUGACUGGAACUUGAGAGAAGGAAACUUCGCUGUACCCUAGUUCUCACUGAGCUGCACCCUGAACCCCAACACAGGCUUCUCAUUUGCAGGUGCCUAUCCAGCUGUACAGCCUGGGGGACCCCUGACAGAUUCCCCUCCAACAGGCCCUUAUUGAUUCUGAAGCAGUGGAGAAUUUCAUGGAUGCAGCUGCAGCUCAGAUCCUACAGAUAGCCCUGCUACGCAAGACACAGUCAAAACUAUUGAGGGGUCCCCACUGUCCUCAGGUCCAGUUGUGAAGGAGACUGUCCCCCGGAAGGCCAAGGACAGCAUUUAUUCCCGUUAUUCAAGGACACAGAGAAAUGACCCAAUUCGGUGUGAUCCAUUCCCCGCAUGCUCCCCUCAUUCUUGGCAUCUCCUGGCUGAUCCUUCAUGACACCCUCAUUCACUGGAGAGAACAGAAAUUCACCUUCCCAUCAGAAUUCUGCCAACAGCAUGGCCAGGGACCAAUGAACAUUUCACUCAGAGACAAAAAGGCUGGAGUAGGGGUAGUUGCCUGCAUUGAAACACCUACUGGGGGAAUUACGGAACUUCCCCCCCAAGCACUGUGACUACACUGACAUCUUGGAGAAGAACGAAGCAGAAAACCACCCCCCACAUCGGGACUAUGACUGUCCCAGAGAACUUCAGCCAGGGUCAAAGAUACGAUUUGGACAAAUACAAAUGUCAUGCCCAAAUUGGCAGCAUUGCGAGAAUAUCUCCGAGAGAGCCUGGUCUGGGGGUUCAUCCGCAAAUUGACUUCACCAGUCAGCACCCGGGUGCUUUCCAUUAAAAAAAAAAAAAAAAAAAAAAAGGAUGGAAGCCUCCACCUCUGUGUCAAUUAUCGAACACCCUAAAUCAAAUCACAAUCCAGAACCACUACCUGCUACCCCUGAUCCUUGAGUUGUUGGACCACAUGGGUGCUGCCUGCAUUUGCCCAAAACUAGAUUUUCAUGGAGUUUACAAUCUCAUCUGUACCUGAGAAGGUGACAAAUGGAAGACCACCUUGCAGACCCACUACAGCCACUUCAAAUAUUUAGUUAUGCCAUUAGGACUGACUGAUGCUCCAGCAACAUUCCAGCAUUUCAUUAAUGAUGUGCUAUGAGAACUACUGGACCAGUUUGCGGUAGUGUACUUAGCUGACAUAUUGAUGUUCUUGGAUGACCUGGACCAACACACCACUUAUGGCAGCACAGUCCUGGAGAGACUACGAGAACAUGGUCUGUACACUAAACUAGAGAAGUGAGCAUUUGAUUAUACCUCAACAGAAUUCCUGGGUUUCAUCCUGCCCAUAGAAGGCAUCAAGAUGGAUCUGCACAAGGUCCAGGCUGUCAGUGACUGGGCAUCCCCCCGCAAUUUGCGAGCCCCUCACUGCCCUACUCUGAAAAAAUGCCAAGUUCCAUUGGUUGCCCGAGGUCCAGCACAUAUUUGAGCAAUUGAAACUUGCCUUCACCGCUGACCCAGUGUUGGCCCACCCUGACAUGGCACAAGCUUUCGUUGUGGAAGCCGAUGCCUCUAGUACAGUGAGUGGUGCGGUCCUCUCCCAGAGGCAUGGACCCAAGCGAAUACUGCAUCCCAUUGCCUACUACUCAGAGAAGCUCACACCUGCUGAGUGAAACUCUGAGAUCCUGGACAAGGAGCACCUGGCACUUAAGAUGGCCUUUGAAGAAUAGUAACACUACUUGAAAGAGCCUGUCAUUUGGUCCAAGUGUUUACAGAUGACAAGAACAUGGAGUACCUGGCGAGGCUAAGGCCCUGAAAUAAUGACAGCUCCAAUGGGCCCUAUUCUUCUCUUGCUUCUACUUUACCCUGACCUACAGCCCUGGAACCAGGAAAGGCAAGGCCCAGGGGCACCAUUUCAGAUUUGGGGGGGGAGGAGGGGUCAACUUUAACCAUGAUUCCAGGGGCUACUUAGGCACCUGAAAACUCUAGGGUUUUUUUGCAGAUAAUAACUUAGAAAUUAGC